GGGCUACUCACUAAUUCAAAUAUUAAAAAGAAGAGGAAAAUAGAAAUGGUGAUGGUAGUAAAAAAAGAAGAUAAAUUACAAGCAGUAUGGUUUGCAGCAGGAGUGGCUGCUUUAAUGGCAUGUUUAGAACGUGCAAUUUUAGUUUCUUUUGUGGAACAAUGGCGACUUAUAGCAUUUCUUGCUCUUAAUCUCUUACUCUUAGCUAUUCUUUUUACAUCUACAACUAAUACUCCCACAACUCCAAUGGUUGAAACCACCAGCAACACUACUAAUCAAUCCAAGAUUGAGGUAAAGGUGGAGAAAGAAUGCAAGAAACCUAUAGUGCCUUGUGUUGAAGAUAGUAUAUUAGAAGAAGCAAUUACAAAGGAUGUGAAAGAGGAAUAUCCAAAAAUAACAGACAAGAAGGAAAACAAAAAAGAACAAUUAUUAGAUGAUUCAAUAGAAGAGUCUCAACAAAUUUCAAUGGAGGAAUUGAAUGAAAGAGCAGAGGCAUUUAUAGCAAUGUUCAGACAACAUUUAAUAUCUGAUGCAAAGGCUUAUAGUUAUAGCAAAAGCUGUAGAAUUCGAACUUCAAUUUCACCCAAAGGAGGUGACAAAAAUUUUCCCAAGCCUAGACCCAUUUAUUAAUUAAAUUAGAAAAAAAAAUCAAGGUGGUUCUUUUCAUUCAAAAGCAUUUUUACUUUUGUAAUGCUAAAGAUUUUCUGAAUAGAAAGACCUAUCUUGAUCUUUAAUUAC